UGUUCGAUCGGAGUUGCUGAAACGCAGCCAGCAUCUUUUGAGCGAGUGGCUCUCCCUCCCCCUCGUUUGCCCACCGACAGCAUCACCGUCACAGGCAGAGAGAAGGAGAGAGGAUAGAGAAGGAGAGGGAGCAGCAACAGCGGAGAUGAGACAGCUUUGUAACAUCAGAUAAUAUUAGGAAAAAAAUGUGGAUAUAGCUACAGGAAGAUGAUUUAGAUAAGAUGCAGUGUUUAUCCUGCGUAUAGCCGGAGUUAUGCAGCGACCAUUCCUCUGAUUUUAAUGAGGCGGGUGGGGACCCGCAGCAAGCUGAAGAUUUCUCCAAAUCAUUUGCAAAGUCUGCCUGCCUGCAAUGGCCGUGGCUGUGGGAUGGUGUUACAGCCUAAUGGAGAAUGUGCCUUUUUCUUUAUGCCUGCUUAUUGUCGCAUUCAGUGGACUCGCAAACGCACAGCUCAGAUACUCCAUUCCAGAGGAGCUGGAAAAUGGAGCGCAGGUGGGUGACAUCGUCCGGGAUUUGGAUCUGGACCUGAGAAAACUUUCCACCCGACGUGGCAGGAUCACGUCGGAUAGUGGGCGGAGGUACUUCACCAUCAACCACAAAACCGGGAAGCUGGUGGUGAGUGACCGCAUCGACCGAGAGACGGUUUGUGAGUUCGUCAGCCCCUGUGUUCUCAGCCUUGAGGUGGUGUUGGAAAACCCGCUUGAGACGCAAAAGGUGGAGGUAGAGAUUCUGGACGUGAAUGACCACGCACCGCAGUUCCCCCAGGACGAAUACCAGCUGGAGGUGUCUGAGUCCGCCCUCACCUUGUCCCGGUUUCACAUCGAGGGAGCUCAGGACGAUGACGAUGGCUCUAACUCCGUGAAGCAUUACAGACUAAGUCCAAAUGACCAUCUAACUUUAGACUCCAUUAAACCUUUUUCCAACAACAAGCAAAUUGAGAUGAUCCUCAAAAAGCCCUUUGACCGGGAGCGUGUUGCCUCUCAUCAGUUGGUCCUGACAGCUGUAGAUGGAGGCACACCACAGAGAACUGGGACAGCCAAAAUCAAUGUCCGCAUCCUUGAUGCCAAUGACAACGUGCCAGUGUUUGACAGCUCAGUAUAUAAAGUCAAAGUGCCUGAAAACUCUCCAAAAGGGACACUUGUGAUUAAAUUAAAUGCAACAGACCUCGAUGAGGGCUCAAAUGGAGACGUUUUUUACUCUUUUAGCAGUUACACACCUGAAAGAGUGAGACAGAUGUUUUCCAUGGACACAGUCACAGGGGAAAUUAGGGUGAAAAAUAAUAUUGAUUAUGAGGAGACCAACUCCUAUGAAAUGUACAUUCAGGCAAUGGACAAGGGCCCAGCUCCCGUGGCAGUGCACUGUAAAGUAGUUGUAGAAGUUUUGGAUGUCAACGACAACAUUCCUGAGAUUGUCCUGUCUUCACUCUCCAGCCCUGUGCGAGAAGACGCCCGGGCGGACACAGUGGUGGCAUUGAUCAGUGUGAAUGACCGUGACUCUGGACAAAACAAACAGGUAACCCUGGAGAUCAUGCCCAAUCUGCCUUUCAAGAUCAAGUCAUUUCGAAGUUAUUACACCAUCGUCACAAACGCUUUCCUGGACCGGGAAAGCAUCUCAUCUUACAACGUCACCGUCAACGCCGUGGAUGGAGGCACGCCACCCCUUUCGUCUCACAUGACCUUCAAGGUUGAGGUUGCAGACAUCAACGACAACCCACCUCAUUUUGAACAGACCUCGUAUACUGUUUAUAUAACAGAGAACAAUGCUUUUGGUGCAUCUCUAUGUGUUGUCAAGGCAACAGAUGGUGAUGCUGCAGAAAAUGCUCGCAUCACUUACACAGUCCUCAAUGACAACAAUCAUGGUAUCCCUGUAGCCAGCUAUGUCAGCAUCAAACCUGACACAGGUGAGGCCUACGCCCUGCAAGCCUUUGACUUUGAAAAGCUGCGAGAGUUUCACUUUCAAGUUAAAGCACAGGAUAAUGGUGUGCCUCCUCUCAGCCGUGUGGUCACAGUAUAUGUUUACAUCAUGGAUCAGAACGAUCAUGUGCCCAAGAUUGUUUACCCUCCUGCUAACGGAAGCCACACAACAGAGACAAUACUGAAAAAUGCAGAAGCAGGAGUGUUGGUCAGCAAGGUGACAGCAUUGGAUGGUGAUGCAGGACAGAAUGCUUGGCUGUUUUAUUCCUUGGAGCAGCCCAACACAGAUCUCAACCUGUUUAAGGUUCAUGAGUACACAGGUGAGAUUCGCACCACAAGGCGAGUCAUUGAAGAUAACUCUACUACCUUUCGUCUGACUGUACUGGUCCAUGACCACGGUGUUCCUCCACUCUCCUCUACCGCCACUCUCCAUGUGCACGUGAUGGAGGUGCCUCCAAAGCUGACCCCUGACAUGAAGAGCAUCGUCAGGCAUGACAGCAAACUAAUGUUUUCCCCUGUCACACUCUACCUCAUCAUAGCCCUAUGUGCCACAACCUUUGUAUUUCUCGUCACAGUCUUCGUUCUGGCCAUCGUGCGAUGCCAUGAGUACUGCACCCAGAAGGGUUCCUGCUCCCCAUGUUGUGUUGCCCAGAAAAGUGUGCCAGAGGGAGGUGCCUCAGCAAGUGGCGGUGGAGGAAGAGCUGCAGGUGGUGGUGGUGAUGCAAGUGCAGGCGCAGGUGCAGUAAGGCAGCAAAACAUCAAUGUGGCCCUACGUCGUGAUCUCAAAGUGGAGCCGCAUUACAUUGAAGUGCGAGGAAAUGGGUCUCUGACCAAAACAUACUGUUAUAAGACAUGCUUGACUGCCACGUCAGGAAGUGACACGUUUAUGUUCUACAACACGGGAAGGCCACACAGUGGCACCUGGGGCUCAGGUUAUGUCACCAGCCACAGUGGGCAGAGCCAGAUAUUUGUACGGCGUCUCAGUAUGCCAGAUGCAACUGCCAUUCAGCCCAAGGCGCCUAAUUCAGACUGGAGAUACUCAGCUUCUCUCAGAGCAGGAGGUGUAAUGCAGAGUUCAGUGCACAUGGAAGAGUCCUCUGUCAUGCAGGGAGCCCAGGGCGUCCUGGUACAGAACUGGCCCACGGCAUCUAGUGCUGCUGAUGGUGAAGGAGGAGAGGUUUCACCCCCGAUGGGUGCCGGCAUUGACAGCAACAGCUGGCACUUUCGCUACGGCCCCGGGGGUCCUGGAGCACCUCCACAACACCUGAAGCCUGGCGAGGUUCCUCCGGAAGCUUUCAUCAUCCCCGGCUCGCCCGCCAUAAUAUCCAUCAGACAGAACCAAGGAGGAGAGGAUGACAAGAGCGAUUUCAUCACCUUUGGGAAGAAAGAGGAGGCCAAGAAAAAGAAAAAGAAGAAGAAGGAGAAGGAGAAGAAAGACAAAAAGGAUAAGGGGAAGGAUGAUGGCGAUGAGUAAAGCAGUAGGCAAUGAUAAAGAAAAGAGCAAAGAAGUAAAGGGCGUUGCUAAAACAGAGGUACCAACCAAAGUUCACUGGGCAAAAAGAGAAUAUUUCACUUUACUAUCUAUCAUCACUGACAACAAUUUAAAGCUUUUACUCUUGUGAUCCUGGCCUUAUGAGGAAUUAGUUUACCUUCAGUUUCUUACUGAUGGAAAUUAUUUGUCUUGCCUUUAUACAAUUGAUACAACAAAAAAAAUAUUAAAGAUUGUUUCUUUCUCUCCAUUUCCCAUGUGCCUUUGCACCCUGAGUCAAGUCUUGUCAUUCUUAAGAAAAAAAAAGAAAGUUCCACCCCUCCACCAUGUUGAUUUGUUUCUCCUUUAACCCACUGGGCAUGUUGGCACCUCUGUCUUACCCCCUCUCUAAUGUGUAAAGCAUCCUCUCAUCGAGGAAAACCUUAUUUUGAAACAAAAGCGAAUAAAAAAAGGCUGUGCCAGCAAAAAGGAAAAAAAGCAACACGAAGAAGACUGACACAGAUGCAUGCAGUCUGGAGCUGGACACAAACUACUUGUAAAUAGCACUGACAGGAGUCACCGAAACUAAGGCCAAUUUGACACUGCUGCAGAUACACAGGCGAUUACCAACAGUGUUCCCUGAGAUCGCAUUGAAACACAUGCACACACUCACACAUCAAAACACCAACUUAUUACCCAUCAUACAGCGGACACUGAAAGAACUUGACACCUAACAAAAGGAGAGAGACUCAAGUACAAGAAACACGCUUAAAGCUGGACACWGCAAGCUCUUUGCCCUGCACAGUCACCUCUUAUGUGCAAAUGUAUGUCGGCUCCCUCAGGAUGGAAGCAGAUCCUUUUGCAGUCACUCUAUAUUUGCUUGCUGCAUCAAAACAACAAAGAGCUUCAUCUCCUGUCAAAACUUCAGUUGAGAAGAGACCACGUGGGAAUGUGGAGGAAAGAUGGAAGAUGCCUCCCAUUUUCCUAAAUAUCACAGAGGUUCGAGUCCAGCUGAGCUGGCUGGAGACUCUYCAGCGAUUUGGUGGACUGUAAAUGAAAUGGUAAAGAGCACUUGUAUAAUGUUAUCUUCUCCUGGUGCAGGAAAAUAAAGCCUGAUGCUUUCUACUUUGAA